CCUCAUCCUGGCUCUCACUUCACGUUUUGGAUGUUGCAAGGCCGGGUGAGAGGAGACUCCAGGCAGCUGGCCUGCCCCGGGCACUGCCAUGAACCACUUCCAGGCCAUUCUGGCUCAGGUGCGGAUGCUACUCUCCAGUCAGCAGCCCAGGCAGGUUCAGGCCCUCCUGGACAGCCUGCUGGAAGAAGAGCUGCUCUCACGGGAAUACCACUGUGCCCUGCUCCGGGAGCCUGAUGGCGAAGCUCUGGCCCGGAAGAUUUCCCUGACCCUGCUGGAGAAAGGGGACUUAGGCUUGGCUUGCUCGAGCUGGGUCCGUAGCAGGCUGCAGGACCCAGUGGUAGAGAGGGCCACCAGCUACAGGGGCCAUGGAGGCCAUAGUCUGUGUGCCACCAUGGAACUGGGGCUUCCAGAGGGCAGCUACCUGGAGCUCCUUAACAGCGAUGCUGACCCCCUCCACCUCUACCACUUGUGCGACCAGAUGGACCUGGCUGGGGAGGAGGAGAUCGAGCUCAGCUCAGAGCCGGACACAGACACCAUCAACUGUGAGCAGUUCAGCAAGCUGUUGCAGGACAUGGAAGGGGAUGAAGAGACCAGGGAGGCCUAUGCCAACAUCGCGGAACUGGAUCAGUAUGUGUUUCAGGACACCCAGCUGGAGGGCUUCAGCAAGGACCUCUUCAUAGAGCACAUUGGAGCAGAGGAAGGCUUCCGUGAGAGCGUGGAGGGCUCUGGAGAAGCCGGACAGAGGCCCCAGAAGAGACGCUCCGCAGAAGAGCACGCUACGGACUCCAAGCACAGGAAGCUAGCCGAGCCCUCUUCGGUGCCCAUAUUGACUGGCAGCUUCCUGAUGGGGCCAGCAAGCCUCUCCACCAUGUCUUACUUAUCACCUGCUCUAUCCAAUCAAGAGCCAGUGUCCAGCCAUUUAUACCUAGAGGGAGCUGUUCAGACAUCUGGGCCCCCCUCUAGGUCCUCACUGAACUGCUUGGAUCUCCCCAUCGGACACAUCCAGCUUCUUCCCACUCUGCCCCAGGGACUUUUGCAAAUCUCAGGGGCUGGCACAGGUCUCUCCAGUGUUCUGAUCUACCACGGUGAGAUGCCCCAAGUCCACCAAGCAGUCCCUUCAGGCGGCCCCACUGUCCCCAGCCUCCCCGAAUCCCCAGGGCGGCCGGGCUCCACCAGCCCCUUUGCACCAUCUGCAGCUGACCUGCCCAGUAUGCCUGAACCUGCGCUGACCUCUCGUAUUGAUGAGACGGAGGACACAUCAUCCCCCUCCCCAUGUCAGGAAGGUCCCGAGUCUCCCAUCAAGCUUCCAAAAUGGCCAGAGUCUGUGGAGCGGUUCCAGCACUCCCUGCAGGACAAGUACCAGGCGGAGCCUGAGAGCCUGAGCAGUCCCCUGGUAGCCAUGGAGCUGAUACGGGCCAGGUUGGAGAGAGGCAGCAACAAGAGCCAGGAAAGGGAGCUAGCCACUCCAGACUGGACAGAGCGCCAGCUAGCCCAUAGUGGCCUAGCUGAGGUGCUUCAGGUUGUCGGCGACCGCCGCUGGCCACGAGAGACACAGGUGGUCGCCGUGCUGGGCAAGGCUGGCCAGGGCAAGAGCCACUGGGCCCAGAUGGUGAGUCAGACCUGGGCCCGUGGCCAGUUGCCACAAUAUGACUUUGUCUUCUAUGUCCCUUGUCACUGCUUGGAUCGUCCAGGCGACUCCUACCACCUGCGGGAUCUGCUCUGUCCCCCAAGCCUGCAGCCACUGGCCAUGGAUGAUGAGGUCUUAGGUCACAUCGUGAGGCAACCGGACCGUGUCCUGCUCAUUCUAGAUGCUUUUGAGGAGCUAGAGGCCCAAGAUGGUCUCCUGCAUGGACCAUGUGGACCUCUGCCCCCAGAGCCCUGCUCCUUCCGGGGACUGCUAGCGGGGCUGUUCCAGCGGAAGCUGCUGCGCGGCUGUACCCUGCUCCUCACGGCCCGGCCCCGGGGCCGCCUGGCUCAGAGCCUGAGCAAGGCAGACACCAUCUUCGAGGUGCCCAGCUUCUCUAUUAAACAGGCCCAGACUUAUAUGAGGCACUACUUUGAGAACUCGGGGACAGCAGGGGACCAAGACAAGGCCCUGGGCCUCCUGGAGGGCCAGCCCUUUCUCCUCGCCCACAGUCACAACCCUGCUCUGUGCAGGGCCGUUUGCCAGCUCUCCAAGGCCCUGCUGGAACAGGGCACGGACACCCAGCUGCCUGGUACACUUACAGGACUCUAUGUCAGCCUGCUAGGCCCUGCAGUUCGAGAUAGUCCUCCGGGGGGCUUAACUGAGCUAGCUAAGCUGGCCUGGGAGCUGGGCCGCAGACACCAAAGCACCUUGCAAGAGACCCAGUUACUAUCCGUGGAGGUGAGGACCUGGGCAGUGACCCGAGGCUUGGUGCAGCCCGCCCUGGGGACCGCAGAGGCCCAGCUGGCCUUCUCUAGUUUUCUGCUACAGUGCUUUCUGGGUGCUGUGUGGCUGGCACAGUGCAAUGAAAUCAGAGACAAGGAGCUGCCACAGUACCUGGCCUUGACCCCAAGGAAGAAGAGACCUUAUGACAACUGGCUGGAGGUUGUACCACGCUUUCUGGCUGGAUUGGUUUUCCAGCCUCGAGCCCAGUGCCUGGGCGCUCUGGUGGAGCCUGCAGUGACGGAAAGGAAACGGAAGGUUCUUACCAGGUACCUGAAGCGCCUACAGCUGGGGACUCUGCGGGCCGGCCGACUGCUGGAGCUGCUACAUUGUGCCCACGAGACACAGGAACCUGGGAUUUGGGAGCAUGUAACACAGCAGCUCCCUGGGCAUCUCUCCUUCCUGGGCACCCGGCUCACACCCCCAGAUGUGCACAUACUGGGCAGGGCCCUAGAGACGGCCAGCCAGGACUUCUCCCUGGACCUUCGUCAGACUGGCAUUGAGCCCUCUAGACUGGGGGACCUCGUGGGACUCAGCUGUGUCACCAGUUUCAGGGCCUCCUUGAGCGACACAAUGGUGCUAUGGGAGUCCCUACGGCAGCAGGGAGAGUCCCAGCUACUCCAGGCAGCAGAGGAGAAAUUCACCAUCGAGCCAUUCAAGGCCAAGUCUCCCAAGGAUGUGGAAGACCUGGACAGCUUGGUGCAGACCCAGAGGCUGAGAAACCCCUCGGAAGAUGCAGCUCCAGAUCUUCCUGCCAUCCGGGACCUUAAGAAGCUAGAGUUUGCGUUGGGUCCGGUAUUGGGGCCCCAGGCUUUCCCUACACUGGCAAAGAUCCUUCCUGUGUUCUCAUCCCUGCAGCACCUGGACCUGGACUCACUCAGUGAGAACAAGAUCGGGGACGAGGGUGUGUCGAAGCUCUCAGCCACCUUUCCUCAGCUCAAGGUCCUGGAGACGCUCAACCUGUCCCAGAACAGCAUCACCGAUGUGGGUGCCUGCAAGCUUGCGGAAGCCCUGCCAGCCCUAGCCAAGUCCCUCCUAAGGCUGAGCUUGUACAAUAACUGCAUCCGUGAUGCAGGAGCCAAGAGCCUGGCACAAGUGCUUCCGGACAUGGUCUCCCUGCGAGUGAUGGAUGUCCAGUUCAACAAGUUCACGGCUGCCGGUGCCCAGCAGCUGGCCUCCAGCCUUCAGAAGUGCCCUCAAGUGGAAACGCUGGCAAUGUGGACACCUACUAUCCCCUUUGGGGUUCAGGAACACUUGCAGCAGCUGGAUUCCCGGAUCAGCCUAAGAUGACCCUGCUGUGCUCUGGACAAGCAUGAACUCGGGGACAUUGACCACGCUGGACCUUGCACUGUGGACUCAGCGUUUCUGUGGGGAGUUGGCCUCUGGUCACCCUGCCCCAGCAGGCUCAGAGUUGCCUCUGCCUAGAUGAGGGACGGACACAAGUCUUGGUCUUCUACAGGCCCCAAGAGCAGUUCCACGCUCUUACAGGGCCAGGCAGGAAGCCAGCCCCAUUUGGUGGUUUUGAGCACUAGCAGACAGGCCUGGGGCUGCAUUCAGUGGUUUCGCCCAGGAGGCCGAAGACCUUCUCUUUGACAUUCCAGGUCAGAGUGCAGAACUGAAGCAGCCAAGCACCAGCCAGGCCAGGGCCAGCCUGGUGAGAAGGCACUUCUUCCCUGCUGCUCCCCUGAUAGGGCCUGCUGGGCGUUCUGAGGACACUCAAGGUGGCCCUCGGCCUGCAGACUUCUAAAUGUGACAGGGAGUUAUGACAGCUCUUCCUAAUUGUGGCACUGUUUCCACAAGCCUUCAGUCAAGGCCGAGUCAGGCCUGACUGAGACAUUGGGCGUGAACCAAGAGCUAGGGAAAUGGUAGACUACAGGACUGGAAGGCUGCAGCUGGGAGCUGCUGCGGCUGGGAGCUGCUGCGGCUGGGAGCUGCUGCGGCUGGGAGCUGCUCUGCCUUCUUCACACACCCACUACAUUUCAAAUGCACCAGCUACUCUCACUGCAGCUAUGGAGCCUAGUUUAUCCCACAAGUUCCAUCUGGGGACACCUUCUGGACCGGUUAUCUAAUGCAAAAGAAACUGCCCAAACCACAAUAACUUAAAACAACCCACACUUCUAUUCUGCCCUGACCCCUGACCUUCAGGCAGGCCCAGAAGAGACAGCUCACCUGACCCCACCAACCCUCUGAGUCAAUUGGGGCAGCUAGAAGCCACACUGGAAUCAUCUGAAGGCUCUUGCGUGUGUAUCUGGCUUGUGACAGGGGUUGCUGGCUGGGAGCCCGGAAUCCUUAAUGGGACAGCUGGCUGGGGACUUCUCCAAGGGGUGCUGGCUUGCCUUCCAGGGAGAACAGAGGGGAGAAAGUGAGGAGACAUGGGCCAGCAGAGAGCGUCUGUGCACUGCUCGCAGCAGCCACCGAGGCUGCAUAGCACUGUCUAACCACAUGUUGCAGUACAGAGCAUGCACUGAGCCCAUGCUCACACCGUGCAGUCCAGCUCUGUCCACAUUCUGCAUCUUCUGCAAGGAUCUUUGUAGCUUCUAAGGCUCAGUGGAAAGUUAUUGAUUCCCGGGCCUAAGGGCUGAAGCAGUGAGCGUUGUACAAAGAGGGGUGCUCUCCUCUUCUGCUUGGCUGCACACUGGGAGCAGUUCUGGGCCCAGGCUGGCCAGCCUUAGCUGCAGCUAUCCGAAGAGGGCAGGCAGCACCAGCACUACUGUUCUUGCUUCCUCUGAGGUCAGGCACCAUCGAUCCCUCCAUCAGGACAGUGACAGCUUGCUUCCUUGCCUUGGCAGAAGAACCAUCUGUAUGGCUCCAGCAUGCUAGCCCUGAUGUCAGUAGGACUGGCCCACACCCCAGCAACUGGGCUAGAGGGCCUAGUGGGGUGGUUUGCAUGGCUGCUUGGGGGUGAUUCUUGGAGACAUGUCCAGCUGCUGAGGGCAUCUAUGCUGAGGCUUCAGGCUCAGGGGUGGCACCUUGUGGCCACAAGGGACAACACUGAGGCACUCUCUAAGGCAGGUAUCUGUUACACCUGCCACUCAGGUAGGCAGACCCUUACCUCUGCCUUUGGUCUAUCUGGAGAUACCAAAAGUGCCCCUCUUUACUCUGCCGAGGGCUGUCACUUCUUAACGGGUUCAUUUGUGUAAGACACUGACUGUGCCAGGGACACAGUAAAUGCUCAAAUAACCUCACCAGUCCUGGAUUCUGUGUGCUGGGCAGCAUCUUAAGCCACCUGGCUCCUGAAGCGAGGUAGCCUAGAACUGUGUGACACCAACUCUUGGCUGAGCUGCCUGGUCUCACGCUCCACCUCGUCAUAUAUGCAUGCAAGUGUCUUCUGUGCCUUAGCCAUCUGUCAAAUAGGCAGAGGAUCCUCCUCUCCUUCGCACUGGAUUAUGUGAAGACCCAAUGUGGAAACAAAAAUAUUAAUAAAACAGGUCAGCAAAAUGG